CAGAAAUCAUUUACCAUUUGAUGACGUUUUCAAAUUGGGCAAAUUAUCACUCGUUCGGUUAGAAACACUACCUGUUCACGAGGAUUCGAUCCUCAGAUCACUGGUUCGUCAGUCCAGGGACAGCAACCAUCCAAGGAGGAACUACCGUCCUGUAAUAUGUUGGGCAACUACAACAGGAAGUUGAGGGUCUCCUUCAUGCUGUUAUUCCUGGUUCUCCUCGUCGUCAUCGUGAACAAGAUUCAUACUCACUUGUUUGCCAUCAUGACCUUCAAUUCGUUAUGGAACAUAACUGUACCAACGUUUUUGGAUUGGCCCUUCGCCAGCACUUGUAUCUUACGGGUUAAUCUCGAUCAAUGUAGAUGUACCCGGACACUCCAGCUUGACAAGUCUAGCUGUCCCUCCCAGGUGUUCUUGAUGAAUAAGAAUUCGUAUACUGGGGCCCGACGAGCAGUAGAGGGGGUAGAAAGUAGUGGUAAGAGCCAGAACCAGUCCAGAUGCAGCUCCUGGUCCACGCAAAGAGGUCCCGGUCAAAAGGUAGUGAGUUACUCCGUAUACGGUGAAUUUCCCGGUGAAUAUCACAGAGGGUUGGAACUUCUGAUACCGCAAGUAGCCAGAAUGUACCCAGGCUGGGUGAUACGGCUCCACCUGGACCUCAAACAGGAGCAACAGAGGGAAUGGGCCUGCAGGCUCGCUUGUAACUACGACCAUCUUGAUCUCUGCGAUUCCACGAACAUUACGGGUGUAGGUGACGUGCGGGGUUCCACGCCCACCACCUGGAGGUUCUGCGUGGUGGGUGACCCUUUGGUGAACCGGUACAUCGUCAGGGAUGCUGACUCACCCAUCCUGCAGCGAGAGGUGGACGCGGUCCAGCAGUGGAUCACCUCAGGCAAGUGUUUCCAUGUGAUGCGAGACAACAAGCACCAUGGGGUGAACAUGCUUGCUGGUACCUGGGGAGGCUGCAACACCUGGUACCUCUCUAAGGCUACUAGCGUCCGGGAUUCCAUGCUAACUAAUGCCCGGGAAUGGAACUACGACCAGGUUGUCCUCUCGCAACACAUGUGGCCGUGGGCAAGUGGAAAUGUCCUGGUUCAUGACUCCUACACCUGCGAGAAGUUCCCAGGCUCCUUGCCCUUUCCUUCACAGCGAGUCAAUGACACCUUCGUCGGAAUGAGGACCUACAGGAAAGAGUUCGCGAAUGACGGCGUCAGAAACGAGUGUCCAGUGGCGUGUCGUCCAAAAACACACAAAGACUGGAAGUACUGUUGACUGUCUUCACCUCAACACGAAAGUAAAUAUUUCCUGCUUUAAUAUACCUGUGUCAUGGUUGGAUCAUUAUCAUGGUGACUGAAAUCCCCACUAAGUAUAGCGCAGUGAAUACAACAAUUGAAAUUGAGGAAUAAAAUACACGCCCACAGAUAGCUUUAGCUUAUUUUCCCACCACAAGAAUUGACAAUUAAACCAUAUACAGUUAUUUACACUAUGAACAGUGGAUAGCAGUCAAUUAAUGAAAUCGUAGUAGAGAUUAGAGAACGAAUAAAAGUACUCUUACUGAUUUCAGCAAUAGAAUACUCAUACAGAGGACAGAUUCUGGUAUGGAGUUAGACAUACUGAGACAUGUAAGGAUCAGAGAGUCCUGGCUGCACCGCCAUGCAAGGUAACUUCACUUGAUCUUCUUAGGUCAUCCCAUAACUAAACGGUGCACUCAUUUAAGCAAGCAUUACCUACUGAGCGUAAAGCCGGCUUAAAAUGACAUGCAUAAAUGUGAUUAUAUGUGAUGUAUGCCAAAUAUAGAUAUGCACUCAAUCGAUGCCAGAGUUAUGACACCAUAUUCCCGUCUAGGAAGACAGAGGAUCGAGCCUCCUGCGUCACACAUACGGUUUAGUUUGCUGCAACAAGUGUUAUCGAUUAGAUCCACACGGGUUUCACAUGUUUUAUAAUAUAAUAAUUUUAAUAGGGUGACUUUCUGAGAAUAUCAGUUUUUUUUCACGUGAUAUCAAUGAUUAGGUUAACUUAAAAAAAUGACCAAAGUCACUGUGUAUUUGAUUCCUUUUCAACAUGAACAUUUUUUCUGACAUUACUUGCCCCUGUUCACCUAACAAUGCUAGCUAGUA